GUUGAAAAUAUUCUGUCAUCAAAUAAUUAAUCUUUCAGAGUGUGUUUCAAGGACAUUUCUAUUUGAUCUCACGAUGUCCAACAGCAAGCCCUCAAUUAAAUGUCCUCCAAAGAUGGAUCUUGCAUUGACCACUGGGAUAUACACAACAGCUCAAAUUAAAAAAAAUUACGGGGUCUGUCCAUUGUUGGCUCUUCAAUUGGGCGCUCUGGGUGGAAUGUUAUUUAUGAUUUAUCACAGAACGUUCGUUACGACAAUCGACGUACAAAUGGGUAAUCAACGCUGGGAGAUGCAGUCCAAACCGAAAUUCAUCGAUCUGAGAAAUCCCCGCUCCCUCAAGCUGAUGGAGAAUAAGAUAGAAUCGACUAUUGCACUGGACAAUCGUUAUCGACUCAUGCGGAACGAGCCGAUGUACGACGUCAGUGGACAAGAGACCGACGAGAUUGGAGAUGAUGAACCUGAACUCAGCGAGGAAGAGCUGAGAGAGAAAUAUGGGAAGUGGAGGAAUCAAUAGAUGAGGAAUAAAGAGAAAAAAAAAAUCAAUAGAAAGCCAUCAAUUUACAAGUGCUAUCAUCAAUGCGGAGACCAAGGUUGAGUGGAGUAUCUUGAUGAUUCCAAACGUUUUUCACAUGCCUCUCAGAGUUUCUGAAGAGUCGACAUUGAUCGCGAAAACAGUGAGCCCCUUGUUUUCCCUGGAGUUCAUCUCCGAACGUCUGCAACUCAUGAGUCUUUGAGACUCAUCAGUGCAGAAGAUAAGCCAGAAUAAUCAAAACAACUUGAAUGUAUCCCCAGCACAACAAAAUUCCAAA